GACAUCGGAAUGAAAUCAUUGGUCCUUUCCUUUCCAUAUGCCGGUUCAAAAGGGGGAAACCGUGGCUUGCUGUGUAUUUUCCUACGAAACACAGGCAUUUGGAUACACGAGCCUUCAUUCGUUCUCAUUAACGUUGGAUAAUCGAAGUGCAUAGCCAAGGGACUUAGCGUGUUAAACUAGACAGAAUGGCCGAGGAAAUUAACGAUAACAUGGACGUGACUCACACAGCAGAAGAGACAGCAGACAGCGAUGUGACAUACUACACCUUGGAAGAAGUAAAGACUCAUAAUACGACCACGGACGCAUGGCUUAUCAUCCACGAUAAAGUGUAUAACGUCACCAGUUUCUUGCAAGAGCAUCCAGGAGGAGUGGAAAUUGUGAUGAUGGAGGCAGGUGCAGAUGCCACAGCGAGCUUUGAGGCUGUUGGUCACUCUCCAGAUGCCAAAGAAAUGCUCAUCCAGUUCUACAUUGGGGAGCUCCAGAUGGAUGACCGGAAGAAGGACGGUGCAAAGGAAAAAUUAAUAUCAACUAAAGAUGGCUCCAGCUCGUGGAUAACAUGGUUGAUGCAUGCCAUAGUUGCAGUUGUUGUGGGUAUCAUGCAACGAUGCUACAUGAAGGAGCGCAAGUCUUCCUGAGUCCUGAUGCUGUCAUCUCUUCUCAUUCUUUCUGUUUGGAAGCCUUGACAUGUUUGCCCAAACCCCCGUCACCCCCCCUCCAUUGAACACAACUUUUCAGAGGUGCGCCCCCACUCAACUCAGUGCCCACACCUUGCCCCUCGGCUUUCUUUUCUACACCUCAUCCAACAGGCUUUGGGGUGAGAUGCAUCUGGAAACUUUCUGCCCUUAGUCUCUUUAAAUUGGUUUCUAAUCUAUUCAUAUUGUUUACUCACUCUGCCUUUUGUAAUACUUAUUGUGUGGUGUCUUAAAUUACUUAAUAUGCAAGUGAUCUAAUCUGUAAUGUAUAUCUGCUUUGUGGGACUUUCACAGUGAGCUCCAAACUUAUUUGGACAGUGAAUUUUUUAAAAUAAUAAUAUCUCUGUACUCAGCACUUUAGACUUUAAAUGAUACAAUGACUAUGCGGUUAAAGUGGUGGUGGGGGGGGGUUGGUGUGUCACUUCACUGUCUUAAUACUUUUGGAGCUUUCUGUGUUUCUCUCAAUUUGUUCAGACCUGUUUUGUGGCUAACCCCACAUCUGUUUGACUGUAGGUCUAGGAAGUAGAAAUAUAUUUGUGUAGUAGAGCAUAGCAACACAGGUUAUGGGGUCAUAUCUAUAAGAAAUAAUGCUGUUUUCUUAUGGUGAAAUCUGAAUAGCAUGUUUUUUAGGUUGAGUUACUUACUCCUUGUGAGUCUUAAUUCUCAGACUGCUGCUCAGUAUUUAAUUUCUGGUGACUGAAUAACACAUCUGUUUGCUUGAGUGUACCUUGUCAUGCAAUUUGUCAUUUCAAACUUAAAUAAUUGAUUUAAACAAUAUGCCUCAUUAAAAGUACUUCAUUUAUGUUCAGCUAUGAUUAUUGCGUUGCAUGCAUCGACUGAUUUACAUUAGGCCUCGUUCUCCCAAUCUACAUUUUGCAUUACAAAGACUUCACGCCAUGUACAGUAUUCUCUUGAUGUAUUGUUAAAUUGAUUAUUUAAAGUGAAAUGUACUUAUCCCCAUUUUACACUAAGCAUUUAUUUGGUGAUACUAUGCUUUAAACAUUAAGUAUGAGAAUUGGUAUGUAUUCUAACCUGGAUUAAUUCUAUUGCAUUACACACAUUGUGCAGGAUAUCUUUCACUUCCUAUGCACAUCCUUUAGCAAAUAACAAAUGCUGCCCUAUAGUGAGUGAAUUCUAACGAUUGGAUUAAAAUUGUUGUACUCUUGAAGGCAUAAAACACUGCUUUACAUUGG